AUGAAUCAGAGGAAAAGAACGAAGCUGACGAUGAUAAUGUUGUCAAGGGACAUCGCAACAAAGCUUCCAACUUCUGAGGAGCCAGAUAGUUCAGAGAAGAGAUACGAUUCUGCAUUGCCUUGUCCAAAAAACGACCCAUAUGUUGCAAAGACAGCCAACUCGAGCGAUGCCGACGAACAUUACUCUCCCACCAAAUAUAUGGUUUAUACAAAAGCGUGUGAAGGGAAUCGCUCAUCGCUACCACCGUCACCUCCAAAAGCUGAAAUUUCCAACUCCGUGCACCUUUCACCAGGUUUAAAGAUGUCGAGAACAGAUUCCGGAAUGCCACAGAAUGAAGAUUUCUUUGCUCCGCCUCCUCUUGGACCAAAAUUAGCUGGUGGGAAAUGGAAAGUUCAUGUUAUAGAUGAUGAUGGAAAGAUUACAGAAGAAAAUAUUACUGGAAAGCAAGUCUGGGGUAUGCAGAAACGUCGAGUUAUUGUCGAGUUUAACAGGAAUGGACAGCCUAUCAAAGAUUCAGGAGGUUUGUUAGGUUCAUGGUUAGGUUCUUUGAGCUAUGAUCUUAACAUUUUACCUAUCAAUUACACUGAUUGGAGGAAAGUACCUGAAUAUAGGAAGGAGAUGGCAUGGACAGUAAUUCAGAAAAAGUUCUUGUUUGAUGACCCAACUAAGAGAAGAAAAUAUGUAAUAUCUACAUUAGGAAGCAGAUGCAAAGACUUAAAACAACGGUUUUGGAAGCUCCAUAAGAGAAAUACUCCAGUAGAAACAAUUGAAGCACGACCAGCAUUGAUUCCUGAAGACCAAUGGAGAGAUUUUGUGCAUACUCAAUUCACAGAUAAGGCCAAGAAAGCAAGAGAGCGUAAUAAGGUAAGCCGAAGCAACUUAAAGAUACCACAUACACUUGGAAAAAAGAGUAUAGCAAGAAGAUCUGAUGAGAUGGAAAGAGAGAGUGGCGUUGAACCAACUCGAGGAGAAAUGUUUAUUGCAUCACGCACAAGAUCAGAUGGAAGUAUGAUUUGCGAGGAAGCAAGACUAUGUGCGGACCAGAUUAAGGACAUUAUGAAUCUUCCAGGCCAAACAUCAAGUAGUGAUGCUGUUACUCAAGUUUUUGGUCCUGAGCAUUCAGGAAGAGUGCGAUGUGUAGGUCGUGGUCCGGCGCCAACCAAAUACUUCUCAAGUUUGGACUCUACAAUGUCAUAUAAUGUGGAGAUAGUUGAGAUGAAGUCAACAAUAAAGAAUCUCGCAGAUAAAGUUGAGAUUAUUGCUAGUGCUCUUCAUAAAGCUUUGACAUGCAACCGAUUCCAGGUGAAUGAUACAAGUGAAACAGAUGAAAACAUCCGUCACAUUCGUAAACAAGCAACAAAUAAGAGGAAACACCAAGAUUUAUCUCCAGUUGUUCAGACCACACCAAGAGCUAAGGUCAGGUGA